AUGAGACACAACUUCCCUCGACGCUUUUCAUUACCAGCGCAUGAAUUACAUCUAAAGUUUGGAGCCCCAGUAAUGCUUUUAAGAAACCUCGAUGCUCCCAAAUUAUGCAAUAACACGAGACUUAUUAUCAAACAAUUGAUGCAGACAUUGUUGGAGGCAACAACACUGACUGGGAAAACGAAUCGCGAAGAUGUUUCCGUUCCAAAGAUUCUUCUGAUUCCGCCCGAUACACAAAUUGAUUUCAAAAGGCUACAAUUCCCUGAGAUUAAGCUUUGCAAUGAGCAUCAACAAAGCACAGGGUCAGACAUUGGAAGUGACAGGCCUUAA